UUUGCCGCUCAGGCAGCAGGAACAAUCUUUAUACUGUCAACAAUAUCGACGAGCAGCAUUGAAGAAGUGACGGAAGCGGUGCCCAAUGGCAUAAAUUGGUUCCAACUCUACAUUUAUCGUGACAGGAGUGUCACUUUAAAUUUAAUAAGGCGCGCUGAACAUUCUGGCUUCAAAGCGUUAAUUUUCACCGUCGACGCGCCGUUAUUUGGCGAUAGACGAGCUGAUGUGAGAAAUAAAUUUACGUUACCGAGUCACCUAAGAUUUGCGAAUUUCGAGGGUGAUUUGUCGCAACGAAUAAAUUCUGCAAAGACCGGUUCCGGCCUGAAUAAAUAUGUCACCGAAAUGUUCGACGCGUCUCUCACUUGGAAAGACGUGAAAUGGAUAAAAAGAAUCACAAAGUUGCCGAUAAUUCUCAAGGGAAUUUUGACGGUCAAAGAUAAACGUUUGGCCGUCGAAAGCGGGGCUAACGGUAUUAUCGUGUCGAAUCAUGGAGCUCGUCAAAUAGAUAGUGUUCCAGCCACGAUAGAAGCUUUGCCAGAAAUAAUUAGAGGUGUAGGAGAUAAAAUCGAAGUCUAUAUGGAUGGAGGAGUAACGCAGGGUAUUGACGUGUUUAAAGCCUUGGCAUUGGGUGCGAAAAUGGUAUUCUUUGGCAGACCAAUGCUGUGGGGCUUGACAUAUAACGGUGAAAACGGUGCCAAGGAGAUUCUCGAACUCAUGCGAAAAGAGAUCGACCUAGCUUUUGCAUUAACUGGAUGUGCAUCUGUAAAGGAUGUUAUAUCAGGUAUGGUGAUUCACGAAUCUUAUUAUUCUCGUCUGUGA